AUGAAUGGAUUCGGUGAAGAAGCACAAGAUGUGUGGAAUUCAUCCUUCUAUUCUUCAAAUUCGAUUGAUACUGUUGAACAUGCUAAGAAUUUUAGAAAUUCUUUAAUUUUAGAAGAACUUCCAAAUGAUAUCAACGAACUCAUUAGAGAUGACGAUGAUAGUAUACAAGAAAUUUCACAAAAUGAUGCUAUAGUUGAAGAUGAGAAUAAUGAAACAAUGACAAUUAAUAUGACAACCUCACCAUCUUUAAGUGCUUUAGCUGGUAUAUUAAAUGAAAAAUCUAAACAAGCUGAUAGGAGGAUGAGAUCAAGUAUGAUUGUUAGCAAUUCUAUUGAAGAAGCCCUUAACGAAGAAGCUGAAGAGGAUGAAAACACAGUGAAUGUUUUAUCAAAGGAGCCAACUUCAAUUAAAAUAAACUCUGGAAUUCAAGAAUCUCAGCAAACAAAAGAACAAUUAGCAGUUAUUGGUAAACCUGUGAUAUUCAAUAAACAUAUCUUAAACACACAGGCAUCAGACUCUCCUAAUUUAAUAGAUAUUUAUGAUUCAAAUAAGAAAUUUCCAUUAAGUACAUAUAGUGUUUCAUCAGUGACAGAGCAGCCAGAUUUUUUAAGUUCACCAAAUCCUGCUAUUCAGAAUAAAAAUCAAUCCAUAAUUGGAUCUAUGAACUUAAUGAACACAGGAAAACUUAUAGAAAGGGAAAAAAUCAAUGAAGUUCCAAGUUCUGAAGUUGAACAUUCUGAAUUUUCUCAAAGCAGUAUGGAUGAUAAGCUUGCCAAAAAAAAUGUAAUCGCAACGAGUAAUUCAAGACAGCCCCAGGAUCCAGAACAACCAAAUAAGAGACAAAUGGACCAACAGAUGAAGCAAAAUCAAGAACCCAAACCUGAGUUACAGCAACAAAAAUCAAAACCACGCUCAAUUUCAACUCAAAGCAUUUCCUCAGAGAGGUCGAUGAGAAGUCAGGGAACCCAGAGCUCUAAAAGAAAGAGCAUUUUCUCAUUUUUGAAGAGAAAAACUAGUAGACAAGAUCAGGAUGUUAACGAUGGAUUGCCAACUUCAACCACUUUUUCAGUAGGUUCUACAAAGUCAAGAAUGGAACCGACGUUACUGACAACUAAAUCACAGAGUAGUAGUAGCAUCUUUAGUAGUUUCAGAAAGAAUAAAGAUCCAAAACCUACUCAAAGAGUAAUAUUGAAUAAAAAGGAUAGUAGUUCCAUCAAUACAGAUAACUCUGUUCGAUUAAAAGAGAGCAAUAAAAUAUCACAAAGGAAGCCUACCCCUCUAGGACUUGAAAGAAGAAUCAUAGAGAAUCCUGUGGAUAGUCAUGUUGAAGGGAAGAAGGAGAUUCAUACAAUUGUGACAUCAGAUGAAGAUAGUGUGGAAGAAGGCUAUUCUAGUGAGGAGAAUGAUUCAUUAGAAGAGAAAGAGAAGAUAUAUCAAAACAAUUUAAAUACAGGUGUUUCACUAUUUCCUAAAUCUCUGGAUUCGCAUGAGGUAGAGUCUAUUGUAUCACUAGAACGUAAUCGUUCAAUUAAAUCAAAUAGUAAAAAAUCACAUACCCAUAGGAGAUCAUUGAGUGAAGCAUUAUCCAUCAACGCUCAAAACGAGGGUAUGUUCAUUAGCGACGCCACAUCAGUUGUUCUAUCAACACCAGAUUUAACGAAAUCACCAGCAAGCAGUAUUUUACGUAAUGGAAGAUUCUCAACAGGCGAUGCAUCUCCAAAUCUCCUCAAUUUUGAUGACGAUUUUAGUGAGAAUGGGAUGACAUCAGGUAGUUCACAAUUAAUUAAUCCAAUAGAGAGCAAUUUUUCAUUAGGAUCUAUUCAAGAGCAUUUGGAUAGUUUAACAAUCGACUCAGAUAAUGAACGCAUUGAUUAUGAAAGUCAGAAGGAGGUCAAAUUAGGAGAGCCGAUUGCAGAUGAUGAGCUAAUGUCUGAUAUAAUGGAGUUUGCUAAUAUUAUCGAUUUUGGUGAAAAUAUUAAUUUUGAUUUGGAUCUAGAUGUAGAAAAUAAAGAACCAAUUGGUAAUAAUGUCGUAGAGGACAUUGAAGUAGUAGAAAAUGCUGAGAAAAAUCAACCUGUUAUAACGAUUGAAGAUAAUGGUGAAAUAAUAGACGAAUCGUUAAAAACCAGCACAAUUGGAAAGAGCCAAUUAGAUAAUUAUCAAUAUAGUAGCACUGUCGAUAUUAGUGAUAGUGAAGAUGUCUUUGAAAACGAAGAUUUUAACAAUAUCACUUCUAAUGGGAAAGUAAAUGCAUAUCUACCAGAAGCUCAAAAUAAUAGACCAAUCUCAAUGUCGUUCAGAGGAUUAAACGCCCCAUCAUUUAACAUCCCAUCUUAUUCUGCUAUCGAAGGUAACAAAUCACCAACUAUUUCUGUAGUAACUCCAAUAACAGAUCAUUCCAAUAAACCAAGAUGUAGGUUGCAAUUUUCUUCAAAAAUUAUUUUAUAUGAGACCUACAGUGAAGAAGAGUACGACAGACACCCAGAUUUGGCAGCAUGCAAUCAAUUGACACCUCAACUGGCUCAAAUGAUCAAGAUUGAAUUAAAUGAAUUGAAAAGUGAAAUGGACGUUCAUGAAGAUUCAAGAUGCUAUACACAUUUUUAUUAA